CACAACUAGGUAAAUGCAUUUAUUUGCACUUGCUGGGCUUAAACUCUAUUGGCCACUUAAGGGAUAAGCUACGAUUCUUUGGAGAGAACACAGCUGAUUUGUUUUUUUGUUUUUUAGGGGGUUAACUGAUUCUUUGUGACUAUUUUCCUUGCCAUUUCUAUAACAGAAUGGUAACUUAUACAUUUGUACUACAUACGAAAUAUUAAAUAUUUGUUUAGACAAUCAAUUAAAUUACAGAAAACUCUAUCUGAGUAAAAAAAAAGGCAGAAAAUGAAGAUUCGAGAGAAACUUUAAUGGGUAACUAAAUUGUUUUUCAUUACGCUUCAACGUAUGACUCGAGUUAAAUAUUGAGUGAGACUUGUUGAUAAAAUAUGACAAGUUCAAGCCCUGGUGGACUGGAGGAGGUGAGGCGGCGCCGUCGCAGCCAGACCUGGGCCCUCAGGGGCGUGCUCAGCUGGGUGAAGCCACAGGAAGAGAGCAUUUAUCACAGUGGGCUGUUAAUGUCAGUGAUUCGUACUUUGUCUGCCAGUGAGAGCAACGAGCAGAGAGACCGAGAAAAGGCACGAUUAGAGAGAGAGUACCGUAAGAGCGACCUGCGCCUUGACCAGCUCAUUACCAACCAUGAUCAGUCACUUAAAGAUGUCAUGCAGAUCUUUGGAGAAGUGUCUGGUCGUCUUGCAGAAUCACGCAAGCGUAUCCGCACCAUCAAGGACAACUUAGCAGCAUGCAAACGUCUUCUACACUGCAAACGUGAUGAGUUGAAGGAGCGUUGGCUAGAGGGCGUGGAGCAUAAGCAUGUCAUGCUUCUCUUGGAACAGAUUGAUGAAGUGAGAGAUGUUGGUGACCGAGUCGGGGGCUAUAUCAACAAGAAGCACUACCUGCAUGCUACGCAGCUACUGGUCACCUCUCUCAAUCGUCUUGGCACAGACCUUAAGAUGGUUGAAGCUCUGAAGGAUGUCAAUUUGGACCUACAUGCCAGAAGAGAGAAACUUCAUGAAGGUCUUAUAGAUGAGCUUCACAAACACCUGUACCAGCGGUGGACGAAGGAAGUGCUAGCGUUGAGACGGCAGGGUUCAGGCCGAGACUCGACCAACACCCUCACACGGGCGGGGUCAGACCGAGCAAGUCUUGGAACAGGGAAGUCAGAUAAGGCUCGCAAAAAUCUCCUUGAAAUGAUGACUACACCAAACAAAAACAAGGGGGCGGUGGAUGGAGAGGGGCUACAAGAAGACGUCACCGGUACAGACCCUGAGGCCAACUCGCAGCAUUUCAUGGCAAUACUCGUGGAAUGUCUUGCACUGCUUGGAAAGUUGCCAGAUGCUGUUGAGACAAUUAAGCGCCGGAUGCAGAAAGAACUUGGCAUCAUCAUUCAGAGGACGACACAACAGAUUGUCGAGUAUCACCCUUCAGCGCCCCCCGACGACCCACCAGUGUCAGGGCCAGCUUACUUAAAAGCUGACUCGAGAGAGGCUAAACUAUUACAGGAACUCCUGCAGGUGGUAUUUGAUCAGUUCCGGCUAGUAGUUGCAGCUCAUCAGUCUGUUCUUGUUAGUAUGCGCGCCUCGUCUGAUAAACAUGGGAUUGAAGUGCUUCUCUACACCAUGCCUGAUGUUUGGUCCAAAGUGCAAGCUUCUCUUCAAGUGAUGUUGAGUGAAUACUUGGACUUGAGUCAACUAGGGACCAACCAGCAGCAAGCUCCGGCGGCAACAUUCACAGAGACUGCCACAGAUAUUUCCUCGUUCUUCACCAAGAAACGCAUUCCUAGGUCCAAAAAUUACUCACUUUUCAAAUUUGAGGCCUCGUAUCAUGCCAUGACAAUGAACUCUUACCUUAUGGAGCAGGCAGCCGGGCAAGGCGGACUAGACGAGUUUGAUUUUGGUUUAUCUAUCCCAGAUGCUAACACUGGUAGUAAUGCUAAGAGCAGUAGUAAAAACAUGAACGAGAAGCCACUAGUGUGUCCAGCGUCACCUCACAACAUAACUGCGAUCUUCAACCCUCUUCAAUCUUUCGUCAGAGAAAUUGAAGAUGCCCUUGGAUGUUCACCAGGGACACAUUGUACAUUGUAUGUGUUCAUCACCGACUACAUUAAGGAUGCGUUCCUGGCACAGUUGCACGUGGAGACUGCGGGACGGUUGGAGCAAGCCACUAAAGCAUUGGAUCAGUGGCGUACAUGCAAGGACCCCAGCUUGCUCAAGACCAUGAAAGUCAAUAGGCCUUUGUUACAGAGCAGCAUCAGCGUGUGGCAGAGUAUCGAGGAACUAAGGUGGCUGCUUGGGGCGCUGCCACUCUAUGCUGACCAUUUUGUCUCUAUGAUGUGCAACACACUCAUGAACUACCGCGAGACGUGCCAGGCGGCAUACCGAGGCAUCACCCAACCAGACUCCGAGGACAAGAGGAUCAUUUCUGCUACGUGGGCCAAGGAUGAGGAUAUUAGUAGAUUCUUAAGAGAUUUGCCCAACUGGAGAGCCCUUCAGGCAGGAGUGUCUACUGAGUGUGCUGUUGAGGGAGAAGAAAACCCAGAGGAGGUUGGUGAACGUAAUCGGAAGGAAGCGGAAAUCCUUACUGGUAACCUUGGAGAUCAGCUGAUACCACAGCACGAGAUUUUGGCUGAUCCAUCACAGCUACGGACUUUGGCUCAUUUGCAAGAGAGUCUAGAAUGGUUCGGAAGCUGCAUCGUUAAAUUUGCAACGUCCCUCCCCAAAAAAUCCACGUCUUCUGGCAUUAUGGUGUCGGGUGAAGUGCCUCCAGUCUCAGAUGCCUCUGUGCAGACGCUUACAUCUCUCGCAAAAGAUUUUGAAGAGCUUGCACAUACAUGUUUGUUGGUGCUACAUUUAGAGGUUCGUCUUCACUGCUUUUUCUACCUGCUCCCUGUGGCCAGGGGAGGAGGGUUUGCUUCCGGUCUGGACUCCCAGGAGCCUGACACUGAUGUCCUCAAACUAAUCAAGGAUCUUGCCACCAUUGAUGAAGCACUCAGUAACACGUUACAUCCACGGAAAUGCAAGUAUAUCUUUGAAGGCUUGGGACCUUUGAUAGCCAACAUAUUAAUGACAUCUGUAGUGCACAUUCGCCGCAUCAAUGAAAAUGGAAUCAAGAAAAUGUGUAGGAACAUCUUUAGCAUUCAGCAGCAGCUUACCAACAUCACCAUGACAAGAGAGCUGGCGCUGGACCAAGCGCGGCAGUAUUAUGAGAUGAUGUAUCAUUCUCCAGACGAAAUUCUCAAUGCAAUAAUGAACCGAGGGAAGCAGUUCUCAGAGCUGGAGUACAUCAAUGCAUUGCAACUUUUACACAGGUCAUCUCCCGGCCACUCUCAGGAACUAUUACUCACGAGCCUUCAACGACUCUCGGAGAUAUUAGGCGAUAUCGGCGUCACGGUCUAAAACUUUUGUGGAUCUAGACAUUCCAAAGACCUUUUCAUACAAACAUAAAAUUACCAUAGUUAUAUAGUCUAAUGUAUAUCUAAUUGUGUAUAUAAAUGCUGUAUUUAUAAAUUGUAUUGUUCAGAGAAUGAUUAUAAUAUAGAUAUAUUGAUUUUAUAUUUCUUGUUAACAAGUUAGAGUAGGACAAAUUAGGGUCAUUGUUGUAGAAACAUGGAUACCAUGAUAUGAACAUGCUGUGAUACCAAUAAAAUGUAGCUAUUUAA